ACAGAAUUUUCUCUUUGUAUCCAGCAAUAAUGGACGAACCAGCCAUCGAAGCUCGCCAACCCAAACGAAAACAACUAAGCCGAGACCAGCGUCUACAGAUCCAUACAUUACGGCAAGCAAGGUUCACUUAUAAGCAGAUUGCUACGCAGCUUAACGUCACUUACCGAUCAGUUCAAUACGCGCUUUCUGUGCCAGUCACCCCACAGAAAAGAUCAGGUAGACCGCCAGCGCUAUCACCUAAGCAGAUAACAGAGCUUAUUACCUUUAUCAGGUCGUCCAAAGAAACCCGCUAG